CCCAAUUUUAUUUCACGCCUCUCACUCUCUCUCUCACUACUCACUACUCAAAUUCAAAUAUUUUGCUCUUCGAAGGUCAAAAUUUGCUGUUGUUGAAAGGAUCAAAAUUUGAAGGUCAAAAAAUUGUGCUGAAGAUCGAAGAUCCGAUUUUGAAGGUUAAAAAAUUUACUGAAAAUCAAAGGUCAAAAAAUUUAAGGAUAAUCAAUGGCAUCAAAAGGUCUUGGUAAAGGACGAUAUAAGAAAGGUAAGAAAGGGACUGAUAAUCUUCUCGCAGGUCAAUAUACACCACCACCACCAACUGUUACCACAACUUUUCAACAAGCUACUACAAAUAUUCUUCCUCCUCCAAGGGAAAAUAUUUCACUACCAAAUACAUUUUUCAUGCCCCCACCGGCCCACCAGUUCCAGCCCUUUUCUCCCCACACUAGUCUGCAUAGUAGCUCUUCAUCUGUACCUUCAACAUCAUCCACACCUAGUCUUUUUGGAUUGAGAAUUGAAGGUGCUAGCACAUCAACAUCGCCAUUCAUUGAUAGUGAUACAGCGUCUAAUGCUACAGCAGCUACUUCCCAGUUUCCAAAAUUUAAAGAGGUAGUAGAAUAUGAAGACAACGACAGACUAAUUAUCUCUCCUGAUGGUGGUAAUGGGUUCAUUCCCGCAUCUAGCGGUGGACAUAUGACUAUAGAAGCAAUUAAACCAUUUUACACGCAGCCGUGGGGUAGUUGGAAUGAGAUUAAAAACAACGUCAGAGUUCUUAUGUGGAACCAGUUUGUGACAAAGUGUGCAUGGAAUUCUUGUUAUGAAAAUGAAAUACAACGCAUUUUCAAGUUCAAAGCAGCUCUACGGAUCAAAGAACACUUCUAUGAGGCUCGGAGGAGCUUGAAAAAACCUGGUUGGCUGAAUGCUGAUGUGUGGGUCAAGUUCUUGGAAAAAUGGGAUACUCUUGAAUUUAGGGCGAGGAGGGAAUGGACAAAGGCAAAUAGAGCGUCUCAAAUGGGUGACUCAUUGCACACAGGAGGUUCGAUGAGUUUCGCUACCCACCGACGAAGACUGGCCUACAGCUUCCAUGACCUUGUCCAGCAUUCUUGGGGAGUAAGCAAAGAUAGCUCACGGAAAGUGAACGAUAAAGGGAAGCAUUUUGGUCAUACAAGGAAUAUGAAAAUGGGGGGAAAAAGCACCCUUUUCUUGAGGUCUACGAAGAGACGCAUAGAAAGAAAAACAAGGACGGUACAAGAGGAGAUUGGGUCGAACUGCGUGCUAGGAUUGCAUAUGAAGAAUUUCAAGAAAACUUAGAAGAGUGGCGGAAAACCCAACCUACUUCAGAGGAUGGUACCAUGGUCCAACCAUCAUCUGCAGAGCUGAAUAAUAUGUGGACGACUGUGAUAGGUGGUCCAAAGAACGGUAGAACCUACGGGACAGGGGAUCUCCAAUCUUCGAGUACUCCUUCGUUGUUUCCCAGUUCCUCCUCUACUUUGCAAACUAUGGAAGAAAUGGAAGCGAUGAAAAAGCAAAUUGUGGAGUUGACGCAGAAAUGUGCAGCUAAUGAUGCUAGGUUUGCUAAAUUUGAUAAAUUGGAGGAGUUGGUUAAGAAGCACAUGCCGCAAAUAUUUCGAGACGAGGAAGAUAAUGAAUCUGAUGAUAAUUAGAUUGUAGUUAUUGUUCUUGUUUUUGGUUGUGACAUUUACAUGUUUAAACUAUUUGAUUUGAUGUUUAUUUUGAAUGGUUUAAAA